AUGCAGGUUCCUCCUAUUUUACAUCACAAUUUGAAAGCCAUGCUUCAAGAGAUCAUCGAGGGCAACUCCAUAACCUUGCCUCCAAGCUUGGUCCAGUUGUGUCCUGCUCUGCCCCAGCUUACUGCUAAUGUGUUCAUCAAUCCGUUGAAGGAAGAUAUGAAGGUUUGGGAGCCAGAGAGUAGUGGACAGUUAUCAGUUAAAGCUGCAUAUGGUCAUCUUUCUAGUGUCCGCCAGGCUACUGCAUGGGGAGGGAUCAUUUGGAAUUAUGCAAUUCUGCCCUCGAAAUCCAUUCUGUUUUGGAGAUUAGUGUUUGGGAAGUUGUCAACUGAUGACAACUUGCAGUUGGGGGGUCUGCAUAUGCCCUCUUACUGUAGUCUGUGCACGCGCGACGGUGAGACCUUGCAGCACUUAUUUUUCAGUUGCAGGUACGCUGAAAUGUGUGGACCUGGUUAG